UAUUUGUUGUGUUGGUAAAUGCGACUGCAGCAUAAAACAAUCUAGCGGAGAAAUGAAACAAACACUAUUCAGGAAAGAUGUCUAACAUGUGGACUUUCAUUUUUGUUUUGGUUGCAAUAAUCGCGGAAGUAUACUCCCGAUAUAUCCCAGACUUUGACACAACCCACCGUCUUCAAGUAGAAAAAGGGAAAUAUGUGGAAAUAGAAUUGGGGUUUUAUUUGCCCCUUGACUUACCUGGAGCACCUUGUGCCGAUGAGGAAUAUCUUGAGAUCCGUGAUGGGUAUAAUCAGUCUGGAAAUCUUUUGGGUGUAUUUUGUGGAAGAUACGUUCCUCGCUUUAAACUACGUUCCAGUGGACAGAACAUGUGGUUAAGAUUUUCACCUCACCGUAGAUACCGGCUAUGGCCCAGAUAUUAUGAGGGAAAAGCACUAAAUGCAACAUAUCCCACCAACCUGAAAAACGUCGCAAAGACUCAGUUUGUCCUGCUCAAUCAUUUGUCAUCGUUGUGGUGCCCGGCGGAAGGUGGACCAGCUCCUCGCAUUGUUUGGAGAAAGAAUGGCGCUGUUGUGCAAAACAGCACUAGUGUGCGACUUCAAAUCAACGUCACUGAAGAAGAAGGAAAUACAAAUUACAGCUGCGAAGUGGACGACCAGGAGCCGAAAAACAUCAGUCUUGUUGUCGAGAAGUGCCCUCAACAGUGCCAAUGCAAAGUCCUUAAAGGUAACAUGAAGAACUUAGUAUCGGCCGACUGUGGAACGAAACAGCUUAAGUCAAUUCCAGAGAAAAUUCCCCGAGCUACAGGAAAACUCACGCUCUCAAACAACAAAUUGAAGCACUUGCCGAAGGAAGUUUUCAGCAGAAAUUCUAAUCUGAUAAAACUGGACUUGUCCAACAACCAAUUAAAGAAUCUAUCUUCAGGAGUUUUUACUGGCAUCAGCGUCUCCCGAUAUGCUUCUCUGAACCUGGACUUGUCUCACAACCAAUUAAAGAAUCUAUCUUCAGAAGUUUUUAGCGGAAUUUACCUCCCCCGCUUUUAUUAUCUGACGCUGGAUUUUUCCAACAACCAAUUAGAGGAAAUAUCAGAAGGAGCUUUUACAGGCUUCGGAAAUCCUCUCUUCACACUGGACUUAUCCCAUAAUCAGUUAAAGGAUUUACCUUCAGGAGUUUUCAGAGGGUUUCAGUGGCUCACAAGACUGUAAGUACCAACCAACAUAAAUCUUUAUUUACAGCUGUAAAAUCCACAGGAC